CCGGUAGCAGUUGCGGCGGUCUGAUAAAAACGGUUUGAUUCUGAUAACGAUAACAUAUGUAUACGUUCAAUGAUUGGAAUCACUUGUUGGAUAAUUAUGAAGUAAUUAUUUCAAUCGUUUCAUUGCUGUUUAAUUUUUACGGUUCACUAAAAAUUAUUUAUUAUUUCUUUACAAUGGAAGAUAGUCAGCUUAUGAAAUUGUUGUUUCCGGAUGGUGUUCCAGAAAAUUUAAAGACUGAUUUAAACGUCAAAACUUAUUUAGAACAUCUUGGUAUGUGUACAACAGAACAAUUAAAUGUAGAACCAAAAUUGCUUGAAGACAAAAGUGCUAUUAUGGCUCAACAAAUUAAAGAUUUAGCUUUAAAAAAUUAUAAAACAUUUGUAAAAACAUCACAAUGUUAUGAAAUGGUUUAUUCUGUAUUUGAUACAAAUAUGAAAAAAACUUUUCAUUUAAAUGAUAAACUAUUAACUUUGAAAAAAGAGUGCCAAGAAAUGUUACAUCAAUGGGCAGAUGUUAAAGAAAAACGUAAUCGAAAUACUUUAGCUAUGAUUUGGAAUUCUCGUAUUAUGCAUCAUGCUUUAGAACUUCCACAACUUAUGUUAUCAUGUGUACAAAAUAAGUUGUAUGAAGAAGCUUUAAAGCUUGCUGAACAUGCUAGACUCUUACCGGGUUCUAUACCAACAGUACAAUUAUUACAUGAUGAAGUUGAAAAACAUCGCUCUACUUUAUUGCUAGCAUUAUAUCAGGAACUAAGAACAGAACUAGAACUUCCUCAAUGCAUGCGUAUCGUAAGACUAUUAAGGAAUACAAAAUUGAUCAAUGAAGAACAGCUCGCUGUUAAAUUUUUACAAACUAGAAAUUCCUGGUUUGAAGAUAAAUUGAAAAAUAUCCCUCAAGAUAUCUAUAGCCAGCAUUUAUUAAGAACUGUUGAGGUAUCACGAUCAUGCAUAUCUAAUAUUGCAACUCAGUAUAAUCUAAUAUUCUGUUCAGAAAAUAAUUCAUCUAUGAUUGAAUCAUCUAAGCAAACUUUUUAUUUUUCUUGGAUUAAUCAAAAGGUUUGCCAAUUUCUUGAAAUUCUUAAGUAUGAUUUGCCGCAAUGUCCACCAUCAUCACUAGAAACAAUUUUUACCCAAUGUAUGUAUUUUGGUCAAUCUAUGGGACAUAUAGGUGCUGAUUUAAGAGGUCUUGUAGCACCAGUUUUUAUUAAUGUUACUGUCACUAGAUUUUCAAAACUAUUAAAAAUCACUGAAAGCACUUGGAAAACUGAUUUACAAAACUUCCUAAAAUCUAAUACUAGAAAUGUAAGAAUGAAUCAAACUCAUGAUGAUGUUGAUGAUAUACCAUCUCCAGUUUUUGAUUAUUAUCCAUUAGCUAAAUUUUGUAAUGGGGUGAUGAGCGCUUUAAAUGACUUAGGUGAGUAUGCACCUUAUGCAGCCGCAGAUGAAAUUACUAAAUGUUUACACACUACUUUACAUAAUGCUUCUUGUGCCUUAUUUUCUAUGUAUUAUCAGGAAGGUUUUAAAGAAUAUCAACAAAAUGAUAAAAAAAUAUUUGGACGAUUAUGUAUUUGUUUUUCCUCUGAUGUUGUGCCUUAUAUUCAAAGAUGUCUGCAUAAAGUAUAUGAACCAGCUAGUAUGGCUACAUUUAUUGGCGUUACUAUAACAUCACUUCAAAAGGAGAAUUUAACAUUCAUCGACACUGAUAUCAUAAAUGAACCUAUAAAAGAACUGUUGGACGAAUUUGAAGCAGAAACUACAAUUGAAAGUACUCCUUCCUAAUAGUUUUAUAACACUAUGUGGAACAAUAAAUUUAAAAAAUAUAGUAAUAAAUGAUAAUUUUUAUUAGAUA